CCAAAUACCAUAAAACCACUACUUAAAUCCAAAAGGGACAAAGUCCCAAAUGCUUAAUUUCUACAUUAAUAACCAAACAAGUAGUACAUUACAACAGAAUGCCGUGAAUCUGAUGGGGCUGCAGGUCAAUACCAACACGUGCAUGUAGCCCACAUGGCGUUAGCGCCACCAGGUACAAAGCAUCUGCUUAAUUUUACGAAUUUAAUAAGAUUCUUCAACAUUGCGUAAGCAGAAGAUAACAACAGUCGUUAAUAAACUACCCCUGUUUGGAUUUUAUUGCAUUAGAACUUGAAGCUGGAGAGUCACAUUAGCAUGGGUUAGCACAGACACACCACGUGUUUCUCCAGCGGAUCAAAUACUCAGCGAGUGCCACUUUUAAAACUGAUCAACAUCUCAUAACACUGCGAUCGUUACCAGGACAUCGAUCCUAAACACUAACGAGAGAUGCGCAGAGCAGUUACAAGAUGUCUGAUGCUGGUGUGUGUUGUUGCUCUUCUGGCCGAGCAGGCAGAGGGACACAUCGCUUUCUUCAGCCCUAAAGAGAUGAGAGAGCUCAAGGAAAAGGAGGGAAGGAGGGAUGCUGAUCUAAGAGCAGAGGGGGUCUUUAUUGAUGAAAUGUCUCCAGAUGGAGAUGAGUCAGUGGGCCAGCCUGUGGAAAUAGGACUGAAGCUGACUGCUAAAAAGGGCCAGAUCGGAUCUGCUUUUGGUAAGAUGCUGCAGAGCAUCAUAGAAGAGCCAGAGACCGUGAAAUAAGACCAGCAUUUUUAUCUGCAUUCUUUGACUAUUGCAGCCUGAUGAUUCAACAUUUGUUGCAAGCACACGUUUUGUCUACGAAUGUAAUAAAAUUUAAAUAAAAAUAAAUUGCAUGCAAAUUCAGUUUCUUGUCAUAUAUAUAUAUAUAUAUAUAUAUAUAUAUAUAUAUAUAUAUAUAUAUAUAUAUAUAUAUAUAUAUAUAUAUACAGUAUUGUAACUCUGGUAUUGUCUCAAACUGGAUUUAAACGGUUAAAACAACAUGCUAAAUUAAUAUUUUAAUUUUUAUACUCUUAUUUUGCCUCUAAAUUUAAAUACUUUGUUUCCAGUGAUACUAGAUUAAAACAUACUGUCAUUUAAUAUACCAAAUGGUUAUUGUAAAAUCAUGCUUUACAUUUUACUAUGAAACCCUGCAAUGUGCACUGCAGAAGACUCACCAAGGCUACAUUGAUUUGAUCCAAACUGCAGUAAAAUCAGUAACAUUGUGUAAUAUUAAUACAAUUUAAAAUAUUUAAAAAUGUAAUUUCUUCCUGUGAUGGCAAAUCUGAGUUUUCAGCAGCCAUUACUCUAGUCUUCAGUGUCACAUGAUCCUGCUAGUUAUGUUCGUGGAAACAUAGUGCUUUUUCAGGAUUAUUUGAUGUAUAUGUCUAUCAGCUUAAUGCAUACUUUCUGAAUAAAAUUAUUCCCUUAAGAAAUCA